AUGGAAAGCCCUGAAAAUCCCAGCAAUACCCGGCCCUUCAAGCGUAGCUACGUCGCAUGUGUCUCUUAUCGGACACGCAAGUCGAGAUGUGUCAUCAAAGACAGCCCUCCUUGCGCUAAAUGUGCGAGAGAGCACCGUGAAUGCCGUUUCGAUCACCGCCCCAGAGUCCACAAGCACCGCGAGGCCCCGAAAUGGACUCAUCGGGACCCAACAGCGACGGAAGCUGAGACUAUUACGUCUCGGAACCCACUUCGCCAGAAUGCGCAGCCAACGAAUCUCUCCCCUCAGGAUGCUCCCAGCUUCGACCCAUCUCCAAACAGCUCCAACCAUCCCCUCUAUGACCGUGUGCAGUCGACCAUAGUCACUGGAACCAACGAUGCUUUAGACUUUCUGUCCACUGCUGCUGGGCAACGUCACAGUAUUUCUGGUUCCACCCCGUCUCAAGCCAACCAUUUGCCGAAUAAUGAUCAAUGCAGCGGUCCAAAGGUUAUAUCCGGUGGGUACAAUGGAAUCGGCUUUACAAUCACUGCUUUAUCUGAACCCGACGACGCUUGUCUGGAUAUGUGGGACAAGUGUCGAUUCGUUCGUCAAGGCUGGUUCACGGCCCAAGAAGCUGUUACUUAUAUCGACUUAUAUUUUGAGAAGCUAGCACCACUAACUCCAGUGGUACUAGAUCAGUUUCGCAACCAUGCUGCCCACUCCCACCUUGUCUACGAAGAGGCCAUGCUAUGCUGUACACUUCUGAUGAUAUCAUCGCGCUUCUUCAAGCUUCCUGGUGCCGGUGGCACUUCUAGAAGCCACUAUGUCCAUCAAAGGCUCUGGAAUCAUUGUGAAGUUCUCAUCAGACGUAUCUUGUUAGGCCAGGAGAAAUCGUCGACUUCACAAACAAGGACAAUAGGUACAAUCGAGAGCCUCAUCCUGAUAUCCGAUUGGCACCCACGGACCCUUCAUCUCCCCCCAGAGACGGAUGGCUGGGAUGGUCUUUUGAUAACACCUGCUUAUGAUCGUGUCAACCGCAAGCACAUAAAUAACGAAGAACCGCUCAUUCGCUGGCGACAGGAUGUUUUCGAACCUGCGAAGCGAGCAAACAGAAUGUCCUGGAUGCUUCUUGGAAUGGCGAAUAACCUCGCUUAUGAGCUCGGUGUACUGUCAACACAACAUGGAGAUGCGGCUCAGUCUGUUGACACAGAGGUGCUUCGCAGCCGUCGAGCCCAGAAACUGCUUUACGUCUAUAUCACACAAACUGCUACCAGACUAAACUAUCCGUCUGUCAUUCCUGAAGCGAUAUCCGUCACUGCAUCUCGUCUGCCAGUUCAGAACACCAAUGAAUCAGCUUAUAAGUCCUGGUUGGCUUACAUGGAGCCUAGUUUAGAGUUUACACAAUUAGCUCGUACAGCCUCAUCUAUGUUUUUCCAGUCGGCAACACAUUUACAAAGUCUGGUGCUUGGCGACCAUUAUAUGGAUCUCCUUGAGCACUUUUCGCAUACCCUUUCAAACUGGCAAGAGAAAUUUGAUGCCAUAGGUCAAGGUACGAAACGCAAAGAUCCUGUUCCCGACCCCAAGCUGACUGUCACCAAAGGCGUUAUGGAGCCUCUAAGAGACACUUUGUCCAUCGAGUUUCACCACCUCAAGGCAUGCACUGGCGCCAUCUCUAUUCAAGCUGUCGUAGCCAGAGCGUCUUCUGCUGGAUUCACAGCAGCUACAACAAAUCCUGAUGAAGUUCUUUCGGCAUUCAUCACUCCCAAAGAUGCAAGAUUCCUCCAAGAAGUGAUAUCAGACACUAAAAAGGUUUUAAACAUCGCUACUAUAAGCGAUUUCAAGAACCAUCUCCCCUACGCUCCAGCUCGGGUAAAGAUCAGCGUCAUCAGUUCAUCCGUAUUUCUUCUCAAGGCACUAAGCGUUGGUUCCACUCACACAGAUGUAAAUGACGCUCUGUAUACAUUGGAUCGAUGUACUUCGACGUUGAAGUCAUCUGCGGGCGACGACAUGGACUUUGCAUUCAGAUAUGCAGACCUUAUCGAGAAGCAUACAGCACAGUUCCGUGCUCAUCUCACACAAGCUCAAGGGCACAGCUCUAGUGAUCAGAGUGUACUAACUUCCCUUCCUGGAAGUUCUCGUCAAGCUGAGACUGGGACCGAUGGGCUUUCUCAAUACUUAUCAGGUUUAAGCUCCCAACAACUUGAGGAUGGGGGAACCUUUAUGAACUUUAACAUGGGAGAUACGUGGCUAUCACUUCCGUUUGAUUCAAGUAUUGCCCCAUUCGGAGAAGGCUGCGAUCAAGUUGCUUUAGGACUCGACGUUGAUUGUUUGAACUUCUUGUGGAGUUUUCCAGAUCUGGAACAAUAG